AUGAAUGAAAACAACUGGCGACCUCGUAUGUUCAAUGAAUUGACUGGCUCACACAAUGAACGGUCGAACCGCGCGUCUUUGUCCGUUCGUUCGUUCGCAUUUGCACGAAAUCAAAUCAAUCAGUUGAAUACCAUCUCAAUAAUCAUGUAUGAAAAACCAAGAACAACUCAAUUUCGAGCAACAAAAAUGUGGAAUAAUCUUGUUCAAAACUUUCGUUCAUCGAUCAAAUUGAAAAAGAAACGUCACUUCUUCAAAACAUAUCAAAAUUGUUUUUCAUCAUCAGAUGCCAUCACAUGUAUGUUAGAGAUUUUACAACAACAAGCGUCGGGUAGUGAAAGUAGUUCGUCGGUUACACGAACACAAGCCAUGACUAUUCUUCAAUCACUGUACAAUGCCAAGAUCUUUUCUGAUAUCAAAGAAGAUUCUAGUCGAACAGGUGCCAAUGAUCCCAAGCAAUUUUUAGAUAAUAAUAAAAUUUUCAAACUUUUACCACAAACAGAAGAGAAUAUUUUACCAACAGUUACAGCAUUCGAUGAUACGAAAUCACUGGGCACACCUGCGAAUAACGAAACUAAAGCAUCGUUUUCCCCUUCAUCAGUCUUGGAACUGAUGUACGCGUUUGCUCGACAGAAACGUAAACAAAGUUCGAUGAGUUUGUUUAAACCCUGA